GGGGAAUCGGGGACGGGGCGGGGCCGAGAGCCCCGCGGAAGUCUCGCGAGGCCGAGCCGGAGCAGAGUGUGGCGGCGGCGGCGGCGGCGAGAUCUGGGCUCGGGGUUGAGGAGUUGGUAUUUGUGUGGAAGGAGGCGGAGGCGCAGGAGGCAGGGGGCAGCGUAACGCCGGCCCGGAGGGCGGGAGGAGGCGCGGCCACAGCCAGGGCAGGCAGCCGAGGCGAGGCGAAGGCAGGCGGGGAAGCAGGACAGGCAGCGGCCGAGCGAGCGAGCGAGCCAGCGCGGGGCGCACCGAUCUCGGGAGGCGGGGAAGCCCCGCGGCCGCCGCGCCCGCCCCUUCCCCCGCCGCCCGCCCCCUCUCCCCCCGCCCGCCCGCUGCCUUCCUCCCUCUGCCUUCCUUCCCCACGGCCGGCCGCCUCCUCGCCCGCCCGCCCUCCCUCCCGCAGCCCAGGAGCCGAGGCCGCCUGCCGCGGCGGCCGUGGCGGCGGAGCCCUCAGCCAUGGCCUCGGGCGACACCCUCUACAUCGCCACGGACGGCUCGGAGAUGCCGGCCGAGAUCGUGGAGCUGCAUGAGAUCGAGGUGGAGACCAUCCCGGUGGAGACCAUCGAGACCACGGUGGUGGGCGAGGAGGAGGAGGAGGACGACGACGACGAGGACGGCGGCGGCGGCGACCACGGCGGCGGCGGGGGCGGCCACGGGCACGCCGGCCACCACCAUCACCACCACCACCACCACCACCACCACCCGCCCAUGAUCGCGCUGCAGCCGCUGGUGACGGACGACCCGACCCAAGUGCACCACCACCAGGAGGUGAUCCUGGUGCAGACGCGCGAGGAGGUGGUCGGCGGGGACGACUCGGACGGGCUGCGCGCCGAGGACGGCUUCGAGGACCAGAUCCUCAUCCCGGUGCCCGCGCCGGCCGGCGGCGACGACGACUACAUAGAGCAGACGCUGGUCACCGUGGCGGCGGCCGGCAAGAGCGGCGGCGGGGCCUCGUCGGGCGGCGGUCGCGUGAAGAAGGGCGGCGGCAAGAAGAGCGGCAAGAAGAGUUACCUGGGCGGCGGGGCCGGCGCGGCGGGCGGCGGCGGCGCCGACCCGGGGAAUAAGAAGUGGGAGCAGAAGCAGGUGCAGAUCAAGACCCUGGAGGGCGAGUUCUCGGUCACCAUGUGGUCCUCGGAUGAAAAAAAAGAUAUUGACCAUGAAACAGUGGUUGAAGAGCAGAUCAUUGGAGAGAACUCACCUCCUGAUUAUUCUGAAUAUAUGACAGGCAAGAAACUCCCUCCUGGAGGGAUACCUGGCAUUGACCUCUCAGACCCUAAGCAACUGGCAGAAUUUGCCAGUGCACAUUCGAAGGCUGCGGGAAGCGCUUUUCACUGGACUUCAAUUUGCGCACACAUGUGCGAAUCCAUACCGGAGACAGGCCCUAUGUGUGCCCCUUCGACGGUUGUAAUAAGAAGUUUGCUCAGUCAACUAACCUGAAAUCUCACAUCUUAACACACGCUAAAGCCAAAAACAACCAGUGAAAAGAAGAGAGAAGACCUUCUCGACCCGGGAAGCCUCUUCAGGAGUGUGAUUGGGAAUAAAUAUGCCUCUCCUUUGUAUAUUAUUUCUAGGAAGAAUUUUAAAAAUGAAUCCUACACACUUAAGGGACAUGUUUUGAUAAAGUAGUAAAAAUUUAAAAAAUACUUUAAUAAGAUGACAUUGCUAAGAUGCUAUAUCUUGCUCUGUAAUCUCGUUUCAAAAACAAGGUGUUUUUGUAAAGUGUGGUCCCAACAGGAGGACAAUUCAUGAACUUCGCAUCAAAAGACAAUUCUUUAUACAACAGUGCUAAAAAUGGGACUUCUUUUCACAUUCUUAUAAAUAUGAAGCUCACCUGUUGCUUACAAUUUUUUUAAUUUUGUAUUUUCCAAGUGUGCAUAUUGUACACUUUUUGGGGAUAUGCUUAGUAAUGCUGUGUGAUUUUCUGGAGGUUGAUAACUUUGCUUGCGGUAGAUUUUCUUUAAAAGAAUGGGCAGUUACAUGCAUACUUCAAAAGUAUUUUUCCUGUACAAAAAAAAAGUUAUAUAGGUUUUGUUUGCUAUCUUAAUUUUGGUUGUAUUCUUUGAUGUUAACACAUUUUGUAUAAUUGUAUCGUAUAGCUGUAUUGAAUCAUGUAGAAUCAAAUAUUAGAUGUGAUUUAAUAGUGUUAAUCAAUUUAAACCCAUUUUAGUCACUUUUUUUUCCCCAAAAAAUACUGCCAGAUGCUGAUGUUCAGUGUAAUUUCUUUGCCUGUUCAGUUACAGAAAGUGGUGCUCAGUUGUAGAAUGUAUUGUACCUUUUAACAUCUGAUGUGUACAUCCGUGUAACAGAAAGGGCAACAAUAAAAUAGCGAUCCUAAAGAAAGAUUACGGCAGAAAGAGCUCUGUAAGCACAGCCUUAUUUUCUUCUGUUGUCCAGAAUACUUAGAAUUCUUGAGCCUCCCAGAAAUUGGAAGCAAAUAAAGCAACUUGAGUUUCCUUUAUUUUGCACUCAGUGACAGUGACUGUGAUGAGGUCCGUGCAUGGACACUAGCAUUUCCUACGUGCCCUGAAUCCCGAGAGCAGGCAGGAGGCACCCCGAGCUAGGGAACUACCUCAGAGUACACAGACGACCCAUGGCUGGCAGGAUUGCCCUUGAUAUCCCGGUGCGUGUGGGAGUGAGACGUUUGCAUGGGCCUGAUGCUUUCUGAAGGGAAGGCACUGACUGGCAGUGGGUGCGCCAAGGGAGGAUGGGCCUGCCUUCUUUCUCAUCAUCACUCAGGCUGCCUUCAACGGCGGUGGCUCCAUGGGUUGUCCAACAGGAAAUCUCAGUGCAGUCCUUAUUAGAUGCUGUCAGAUGUAGCAAUUGAGUGCCAGUAGCUGUUUGCUUGUAGACACACUUAAGUGCAGAGCGGCAAGGCGAUGAGAUUAUUAGAAAGUUGUACUCAGUGAGUACUUGACUUGUCAUGUGUGACCUCUUCAAUGUAUAAUUUUUGAACUUUUACUUACCUAGGGUCAAAUACCAGACUUGUUAACUAUUUUAUAAACUGCCGUGAUACAUCAAAAUCUCAUUUAUUCAAAAUGCAAACCUAACUGUCUGUCUUUCUGUGCUGAAUGCUUGACUCCAAGGUAAAAUGACAAACAAGUACCAGGUUCAGUCACAAAGAGGCCGGGAGAGCAGCCGCUCGAACACUUAGCCCAAUUUCUUAUGGCCUCGCCAGGAGGACUGGUGACCUGGAAACAGUGGCCCCGUGGCUCUGGAAUUUUGAAGUGCCUUCUGAACCAUACAUGGAAGUUGUAACUUGGGACAUUUGUUUUAUUCGUCCAGAAUCUGAUCCAGUGAGCAGUUGAUGGGACUGAGCUCAGCAGCAGACCCAGCUGUGUGCUGGAGGGCAGGCUUUGCUGUGCCUGGCAGUCAGGAGGGGGUAAGACUAAAGGGGCCCCAUCAGAGCCAAGUACCCAUGUGUCUCCCCCAGGCCUUCGCUCCCUACCAUCAGGUUAAGCUUUCCCAAAUGCCCUGCAGUCGGAGGCCAGAGCCAUGUUGCCCUCCCUCGCCCAAUAUUGUGCUACCUUCAAGCCUGGCCCUGGCACCUCAAGACCCUUGCCCACGGCUCCACAGCAGAGCAGAAGUGUGCUGUGGAAAAGCCUGCCAGCCACCCUGAGAGUCAGGCCCACGUAUAGAGCGAGGCCUCACCCAUCCUCUGUGCCUUGAUUCCUUGGGAGAUGCUUGGCCAUCUCUUCUGUCCCUUUCUGUCUGAGUGGAGCAGCGGUCAUCAUCUUCACCCUUUCUGUGUUGGCAUUGUCUUCUCAGUGUGCAGUUAACUUCUGUUGGGAGUUCAAAGACAGCAUGGUGUGCGGGUCCUCACUUAGGACAGCAGUGUAGGGACCUGUCACGUCAGUGGCCAGAAGAAAGCUGCUUCUCAUUGGCUUUGGCUUAAACCCAUUUUGCUUGUUAGAAUUUAUAGUUUUGUUAUAGAUGUAAUUUACUAAUUUGAAAUGAUGUUCUAACAGUGAGUCCCUUGUCUAGACACUUAAAAUCUGAUUUGUAAGUAAUACUGAUAGACAUAUUUUCUUACAUCUGAGCAGAAAUAAAUGCAUGUUUUUAGCAAAUGUAAUGUAAAAACUCCAGAGGAUAAGUUUACACCCAAUAAGAUAUUAUUUUCUAUUUUUAAAUUUGAUAUUUGCCCCUCUUUGGUAGUGAGGUUGGGGGCAUAGUAUCUAUACAGAGCUGUCGCUCCAGAGUGACAUUUAUUUCCCGCAGAGAUGCUGAGCUCACGCUGUGCUGGGCCUGUGCGAUGUGUGUACUUUGCCAGAGGAGCUGAGGAAAACCAAGACUUUUCCCCCAUCCCCCAUUUGGUUUCCACACACAGGUUCUUCUGAAUGCUGCUUGGUUUGCUAAGUUGGUGGGCAUGUAAGACCUCUUGAAGAGAUGGUGUGUGCAAAGACGGCCCAUGUUUCUAGGCAGUUUUAGCUUGUGUCUUCACAUAGAUGAGAGCCAACUGUCGGUGAAGUGUGUGGUGCUCCAGGGAUAUGGUGCUGGCAUGGCUUGGCACCCACCCCACCUUUCCACUCGGCAGGACUCACCUGUGGUACAGCCCUCAAAUCACUGACUAGAGUGUAUGUCUAUGGCCCAGGAAGUCUUGCCCCCUAAGUUUACCCACUCCCCACAAUAGACAGGGAUUUGACUACUACUUCCUUUCCUCUGUGCUCCGAAUUGACAUGAUUUAGCCAGUCUGCGGUGCGGUGGGUUUUUAUUCUCUUGACUUCUAGCCUACAGGAAGAACAGGGACUUCAGGAUCAGAACAGAGAUGAGCAGAGUUGCCAGUAGAUAGAUGCCAUCCGUGACUAACUACUCAGAGGCAUUGCCCUAGCAGCCCUACUGGCUGCAGAAGCUAGCUCCUUUUCUAGCACAGACUGUUUGAAUCUCUGGCCAUAAGAGGCCGCAUCUGACUUUGCAGCCCUUUGUUGUUAAUGUGACCUCUUCUAGAGCCCAGGCCCAGGACCUGGCAGAUACACUCUAGCUGAGGACAGGGAAGGGACUCAGAACUCCAAAGCAGAUGUGCUUGCUUGCAACAUUUAACUCUGAUCAGAACAAAAGCUACUCCAUGCUUCAAAUCACGUGCCAGCAGCAUUGACCAGGUAGGUUAGGUCUCCAAAACAGCGAGCUUUCCCCACAGCUUGUUAACUCCUCUCAGGGUAAGCUCAGGUGCCUCAGAUGGCUUAAUACAGGCCCUUCAGGUGAGUAAGUUGCACUGAGCAGGAGAGGGUAGCUGUGUGGCUAACAGGCUACCCGGCAUCUUUGGGCAUAGUUGGUCAGUACCGUGCCAGGAAGGUCAUUCCCCAGCUGGGACAGCAUGUAGACUUCAUAGGAAAGGGUGGGUGGCAGAUGUGAGCAGCUUAAGGCAUUGGUCAUUGAGUGUCGGCAGUAGGUCACAGGCGGGGUGCACCUUCCAAGGUGUGCCUAGCCAGCACUCUGGAGACCAUCAAGGGGGGGCUAGUGAGCAGCACUGUGCUCCGCAUUUCAGAGUGGCAGAUUUGAUGACUAAAGACACUCAGGCACCCCGAGGAACAGUACUGGGGAUGUGCAGCUGUGCUGGUUGGUCCGCCUCCCUGCCCGGAGCCACGUGGUGUCUACAUCCAUAGCAUGAGGGAGCAAAGAAGGUAUCGUUACCGGAGUCACCUCUUCUUUAUAAUGCCAGCAACUGUUAAAACCCUUGAUGUCUACAAAUGGCAAGAAAAGUUGUGUUUUCAUUUUCUGGGAACUCCCAUAGGCCCUGGCUCAAGGACUCUGCAUUGUGUGUCAUGUACAUCUCUUAAGUGUUCUUUGCUGUUCUGGAAUUGUCCUUGGUUUUUCCUUAGCUCAUAGAUCAUAGACACAGAAAUAUUAUAGUAUUUAAAGCAUCCGCAUCAAGCAUCAGAUGGCUUCGCAUCCAGAAAAACAUAACUCAGUUUGAAGCACCAAGCAUGUGUAACAUGGCUCUAUACAAUACAAUAAAAAGCGCUAAUGUUAAGCUCUUUAA